AUGGCGAUUGGCAACAUCUACGUCAUUGCCGCCGUCGCCGUCGUCGGCGGCGGCCUCUUUGGCUUCGACAUCUCGUCCUUGUCGGCCCAGCUCGGCGAGCAAGCCUACAAGUGCUACUUCAACCAGGGCCCCGAUGGACCGCCCUUCAACAACAACGCCUGCAGCGGGCCGCGCGAACUCGUCCAAGGCGGCAUCACCGCCUCCAUGGCCGCCGGCUCCUGGCUCGGUGCCUUGUGUUCGGGUCCCCUCUCUGACCGCGCCGGCCGAAAGGCGUCCAUCAUGACCGGCUGCGUCAUCUGGGUGAUCGGGUCGGCCAUCAUCUGCGCCUCCCAAAACAUCCCCAUGCUCGCCGUCGGCCGUGUCAUCAACGGCUUCUGCGUCGGCAUUGAAUCCGCUCAGGUCCCCGUCUACAUUGCCGAAAUCUCCCCUCCGUCCAAGCGGGGCCGCUUCAUCGGCAUGCAGCAAUGGGCCAUUACCUGGGGCAUCCUCAUCAUGUACUACAUCUCCUACGGCUGCUCCUUCAUCGGCGACCAGCAGCCCACCAGCUACAGCGUCGCUUCUUGGCGCGUCCCCUGGGGCCUCCAGAUGAUCCCCGCCGUCUUCCUCUUCUUCAUGAUGAUGCUCCUCCCCGAGUCCCCCCGCUGGCUGGCCCGCAAGGACCGCUGGGAGGAGUGCCGUGCCGUCCUGGCUCUCGUCCACGGCAAGGGUGAUCCCGACCAUGCAUUCGUCGCCUACGAGCUUCAGGACAUCAAGGACAUGUGCGAGUUUGAGCGUCGCCACUCCGACGUGACCUACCUCGACCUCUUCAAGCCUCAGAUGAUUAACCGCACCGUCAUUGGCCUCUUCACCCAGAUCUGGUCCCAGUUGACGGGCAUGAACGUCAUGAUGUACUACGUCACCAACGUGUUCAGCAUGGCUGGCUACAGAGGCAACGCUGGUCUCCUGGCCUCAUCUAUCCAGUACAUCAUCAACGUCGUCAUGACCAUCCCCGCCCUGCUCUUCGUCGACCGCUGGGGCCGCCGAGGCACCCUCCUGGUCGGUUCCGUGCUCAUGGCGACCUGGAUGUUUGCCAAUGCUGGCAUCCUCGCUGUCUACGGUGAGGAAGUCCCUGGCGGCGUCGACAAUGUCCGCGCUCAGUCUAUGAGGGUGACGGGCGCCCCCGCCACAGGUCUCAUUGCCUGCACCUACCUCUUUGUCGCUUCAUUUGCUCCGACGUGGGGUCCCGUGUCUUGGAUCUACCCCCCUGAGCUGUUCCCCCUGCGCCUUCGCGGCAAGGGCGUGGCCCUCGCCACUUCGGGCAACUGGGCCUUCAACACGGCCCUCGGCCUCUUUGUCCCCGUCGCCCUGGCCAACAUCAAGUGGAGGACAUAUAUCGUUUUUGGCGUCUUCAACGCCGCGGCCUUCUUCCACGUCUUCUUCGCCUUCCCCGAGACGGCCGGCAAGACGCUCGAGGAGACGGAGGCCAUGUUUGAGGAUCCCAACGGCUUCAAAUACAUGGGUACUCCGGCGUGGAAGACGCGCGUCGUCACCAAGCUCAUCAAUCGUGUCGAGCACGGCGACGUCGAGGCCAAGCGCCAGGCUGAGCCCAGACUGUCUGAGAUCCACGAGAACGACGAGAAGGCGCCGCCUAGAGUCAGUUGA